AGGAUGGGAGUGUUUCUGGAAAGACAAUUGUCGACUAUACUCUGAUCUUCUUACUUAUCUCAUUCCUUGUGGUAUCGCAGCCAUGGCUCUCUUCCAGACUAUCAAGACACCCACGGUGACCUAUGAACAGCCUCUUGGAUUGUUCAUCAACAACGAAUUCGUCCCCGGAGUCGACAACCAAACCUUCGAAACGAUAAACCCGCACAAUGAAAAACCCAUCGUCGCCGUCCACGAAGGCAACGCACGGGACAUCGACAUCGCCGUCCGCGCCGCCCGCGCCGCCCUCGAAGGCCCCUGGGCAAGCAUCACGCCGAGCGCGCGCGGAAAACUCCUCACGGACCUCGCGGAUGCCCUGGAACGCGACAUUGAAAUCGUCGCGGCCAUCGAGGCCCUCGAUAACGGGAAAGGCGUGACAAUGGCCAAGGGCGAUGUCAGCGCCUCGGCCGGGUGCAUCCGGUAUUACGGCGGGUGGGCGGAUAAGAUCUACGGGCAGACGAUCGAUACGGAUCCGGAUAGUCUGACGUACACGAGGCAUGAGCCUGUUGGUGUGUGUGGGCAGAUUAUCCCCUGGAAUUUCCCGCUGUUGAUGUUUGCGUGGAAGAUCGGGCCUGCACUGGCCACGGGGAAUACGAUUGUGAUGAAGACCGCGGAGCAGACGCCGCUGUCGGCGCUGUAUAUGGCGAAGUUGAUUAAAGAGGUUGGGUUCCCGGCGGGCGUGGUGAAUAUCGUGAAUGGAUUUGGGCGCACGGCCGGGGCGGCGCUCGCGAGCCAUAUGGAUGUGGACAAGGUGGCGUUUACGGGGUCGACGCUUGUGGGCAGGCAGAUCUUGCGAGCGGCGGCGAACAGCAACCUGAAGAAGGUGACCUUGGAACUUGGCGGGAAGAGCCCGAAUAUCAUCCUCCCCGACGCAGACCUCGAAGAGGCGGUUGGGUGGGUGAAUCUGGGCAUCUUCUUCAACCACGGGCAAUGCUGCUGCGCGGGAUCACGGAUCCUGGUCCACGAGGCCAUCUACGACAAAUUCAUCGCUCUCUUCAAGGAGCGCGCAGAGCAGAACAAGGUUGGAGACCCAUUUGACCCGGAAACCUUCCAGGGCCCGCAGGUCAGCCAGCUGCAGUAUGACCGGAUCAUGAGCUAUAUCUCGGGGGCCAAGGAGGCAGGGGCCAAGGUCAUCACUGGCGGCGAUCGGCAUGGUGGUGAAGGGUAUUAUAUCCAGCCGACGAUUUUCGCGGAUGUCCAUGAGGACAUGACGAUUGUCAAGGAGGAGGUGUUUGGGCCGGUUUGUACGGUGCAAAAGGUUAGCAGUGAGGAGGAGGCGAUUCAGUUGGCGAAUAAGACGAAUUAUGGCCUCGCUGCCGCUGUGCACACAACCAACAUCAACACGGCCAUUCGCGUCUCCAAUGCGAUCAAGGCUGGAACUGUCUGGGUCAACAACUACAACACCCUGCACUACCAGAUGCCCUUUGGCGGCUUCAAGGAAUCAGGCAUUGGGCGUGAAUUGGGCGCGUACGCUCUGGAGAACUACACCGAGGUCAAAACUGUGCGCGUGCAGUUGUCGAAGGCGAAGGAGUAGAUUGGCUUUCUCUCUUGUUCGGCUUGGUCUCUUGAAUGUUCUGUAUGCUUUAGUUAUUCGCUGCUUUCCGAUCUAUUAGUUUCUACGCAGUAUGCAGACAGUAUAAGUCAUCAUCUAUUCAUUGGAUUAAAGAUUAUAAGUUCAAGGAAAACCGGUUCUUAUAGAGAGUCUAUACCCCAAAGUAAAACUCUGGAUCAGCAAAUCACACUUGACCAAAUAAGCAAUCCAACCAUGUAUUCAUAUAUUAUUCCGUCACGAUAGUUCACGCUACGCCCGCAGUGCAUCCGGCCCCCACUCCUCGUAUCCCACGCCCAGUGGUCAUUGGCCCCCAACCCCGCUCGCCCUCGACCUCGCUCACCGUGGCCGGAGUCGGAGUAAGCAGGAACCCAGCUGGACCGUCCAAUCAGCCUUCCAGGGCGCUCGAGACAUGGAAGUCAUGUGAGCCCAACCCCCGCAGAGCCCAAUGGACGACUUUCCCCAGGAUUUCGCC